UACACACAACCCCCCCUCUCUCUCCCUCCUGAACGGCCACCCAAACACGUCCUUCUUCCAAUCUCCAUCAGUAAGGAAGGCAAGCGUUUGUACUCAAAACAAACCCAUCUGUGUUUUUUUUCCUUCCAAUCUGGCAUAUCUCUGUCGAGCUACUGAGAGGUUUGGAUUCAAAAACGGAAUCACCACGGCUUCCUUUGAAAAGGGGUUGUUUUUUUCACUCUGGCCGGCAUCGUACUGAUACUUCCUCAAACCUUGAGGAAGGUGUGGACCCACGGCGACGGCGGUGACGGGUUUCCUUUUGAUUGGAUUUGCAAUUCGACUGUUUCUCCACUUUGGCGUCUUUGCCUCAUGGUUAAAAGCUUUCCGAUAGACAAUGGCUAACGCUUGAAUUGUCUCUAAUACCAUCUGAUAUUUUGCUUCUUUGAAUCUCUUGUAAACCUGAACAUCUGUUUUUUGGUAUUAGUGAUGUAACGAUUGAUAGGAGAGAUUGGAAAUUUAGGAUUAGAAUUUCAAAAAAAAAAUAAAAUCGAACAGUUCUCAAUUCGAAGCUUGAAGCGAAUUCGAUGUUCAAAAUGGCUAAAUUCAAUUGCUUCUCUGCAUUUGUUGGAAAGAAGAAAUCAAAGAAGGCAAUUUCAGAUGCGCCUGAUACAUAUAAAGGGCAUGGAACUCUUCAAGUGAAGCUGGAACAUCUCACCUAUCCUUCCAAGGAGAAAGUCUCGACCCCAACUUCUUUCGACGUGCCCUUGCCCUUUGAAAUUCAGGGGAAUUCUACUUUCAAAGUGAAAGUGGUGAGUGAGGAGGAUUCGAUCAGACCCGAAGUGGUGGAGGUGGCUUAUGAAGGUGGGGAUGAGCAUGAUGAGAUUUUGUCGAUGAGAAGAGAUCUCUCUGACUUUGAUCUCCAAGCCCGAGCUGUGAACGACGGAGUGGAAACCAAUCUGUCAAUGAACACAAACUACAGGUCAUAUGAUUCGUUCAACACUGAAUUGAAUGGUAAAUCAGGGAGAGAGGAAGAUGGAUCCGAGAUGAUCCAGGGCGGGCACGUCAGCGAUCCUGGGAUCGGAAGGAGGGAAUUCUGGAGCUCGCCGAAGCUGAUGCGGUCGUGCUCAAACAUAGAAACUCGGGACAUGCUGAAGAAGAUUGGCAACCAAUUACCUCCUUCGAAAUCGCAUUCGUUCGAAGAUCUACAGAAUUUGAUGGAGAACAUGAAAGCAGAUAUUGUGCGAGGGAUUCAAACCAGCCCAAUGUCAGUAAUAACAUCUUGCAGUGCUGACAAAGUGAUGUUGAAGAGGCGAUCUUCGAGCCAAGUGCUUCCUUCUAGGAGUAGGAGACUUUGGUGGAAGCUCUUCCUUUGGAGCCACAGAAACCUGCACAAACCUGUGACAGCAAAAUCAAGGCCGGUCUCAAUCAAAACUACUGUAAACAAGAAAGACGGCUAUUCAUCAGAUACUUUGGAACCGAGCCGGGCUUUGGCCACAAGGAAGAACAAGGGCAAGGAGGUCUGCAAGUUCGAGCUGCCAGGACAGUUCUAUGCUGAAUCCAAAAACAAUUACAGAGGUGGUGUUUCUGGUUUAUGGCCCCAUAAUCAAUGGGUUGCUUUCUGUACAGAAUCGUCCCCUACAUCGAGAGUGGACGAAUGGGUGAACAGCCUUGAGGCCCACUCAUUUCUUCAACAUGAUGAACAUGACACCGAGGGAGAAAUCAAGGAGAGUAUUGAUUAUCCACCUUCUCCCAAGAUUGCCGGAACACCAGGGAAAUCCCUACACACACCACACCACCCAAAUUUCAGUCUUUCUGAGGAUAUUUUACAGGCCAACAACAUCAUCCAAUCGUUGAAUUCCUUCUCAACCGCGGCCCACAUAGCCGGCAUGGGCUUGAAAGUCAUCCCCAACAUUUCUCCCUUCGCUAGUCUCCGAUCAGUUGAUUUAUCGAGCAAUUGCAUAGUUUAUAUAACACCAGGGUCACUGCCCAAGAGCCUUCACACCCUUAACUUAUCAAGGAACAAGAUUGCCACAAUCGAGGGUCUCAGAGAACUAACGCGAUUGCGGGUUGUUGAUCUCAGCUACAACAGAAUCUCCCGAAUAGGCCAUGGGUUGUCAAACUGCACUCUCAUCAAAGAGCUGUAUCUGGCCGGCAACAAGAUCAGCGACGUGGAGGGCCUACACAGGCUUCUAAAACUGACAGUCCUAGACCUGAGCUUCAACAAGAUAACAACGGCCAAGGCACUUGGCCAGCUCGUGGCAAACUACAACUCUCUGUUGGCUCUGAACCUGUUGGGCAAUCCAAUUCAGACCAACAUGGGUGAAGAUCAGCUUCGGAAGGCUGUUUCAAGCCUCCUACCUCAGCUGGUUUAUUUGAACAAGCAGCCCAUUAAGCCGCACAGGGCACGGGAGGUGGCCAUGCACAAUGUCGCAAAAGCUGCGCUUGGAAAUGGGGGGUGGAACUCUCAUGGGAAGGGGUCGAGACGGUCGGGCCAUGGGUCAUCUCCGAGGGGGAGGAUGAGUGAAAGUGUGCAGAGAUCAAAGAGUGCUCACCGAAACUCACCCUCUGCUAGGAGAUGAUCAGCGCCUGGGUUGCAUUUGCCAUCUUUUAUUUAGAAACUACUUAUGCGUGUGGAGAGAGAUUGCUUGUAUGCUUGUGUGGAGAAUUCAUUCAUUAGAA